CUUAAUUUUAACCCCGAAAAGAAGUAUAAGUCAAACCACUAGUUCCAUCCUAGAAUGUUUAGAAUACAGUAGUUGUUCAUCAAAAAAACCCCAAAAAUUCAACAAAUGGAUGAGGGCUUGUGUAAGAGGGUGUAGUUUCUUCCUCUCGUCCUCCUUUACUCAAAGAUCGAUUUCUCCUACAGCCUCCUUUCCCCUUCCUUCUUCAUCCCCAUCUAUCAUCUUUUCUACCAGUCCCAGAUUCUGGGUUUUUAAGAGAAUCAGAUUCUCUUCAUCUGCUUCAGUUAUGGGCCUUCAAUCUGAAACUGUUGAUGGGGUGAAUGAUAAUGGGUUAGAGUGGUCUGCAACCAAGGUUAGAGAUACUUUUGUCAAGUUUUUUCAAGGAAAAGAUCACACCUUUUGGACAUCUAGUCCUGUUGUUCCUGUAAAUGAUCCAACUUUGUUGUUUGCUAAUGCUGGUAUGAAUCAGUUCAAGCCGAUCUUCCUCGGAAAUGUUGAUCCUAACAGUCCUUUGAAUGAACUAAAGCGUGCUUGCAACACCCAAAAAUGUAUUCGAGCGGGUGGGAAGCACAAUGAUCUUGAUGACGUCGGGAAAGACACUUACCAUCAUACAUUCUUUGAGAUGCUUGGAAAUUGGUCUUUUGGAAAUUACUUUAAGAAAGAGGCCAUUGAAUGGGCUUGGGAACUCUUGACCAAGGUUUACCAGCUACCUGCUGAUCGAAUUUAUGCCACCUAUUUUGGCGGUGAUGAGAAAGCUGGACUAGCUGCGGACACGGAGGCCAAGGAUAUUUGGCUCAACUUUUUGCCUCCGGAACGUGUAUUACCAUUUGGUUGCAAGGAUAACUUCUGGGAGAUGGGUGAUACUGGUCCUUGUGGACCAUGUACCGAGAUCCAUUUUGAUAGGAUUGGGAAUCGUGAUGCUGCAUCACUUGUUAAUAAUGAUGACCCUACUUGUAUAGAGAUUUGGAAUCUUGUUUUCAUUCAGUUUAAUCGGGAAAAUGAUGGUUCUUUAAGAACCCUCCCUGCCAAACAUGUUGAUACAGGAAUGGGCUUUGAAAGGUUGACAUCUAUACUUCAGAAUAAGAUGAGUAAUUAUGAUACAGAUGUCUUCUUGCCCUUGUUCAAUGCUAUUCAGCAGGCAACUGGAGCUCGCCCUUAUUCUGGAAAAGUUGGAGCUGAUGAUGUAGACAAUGUUGAUAUGGCCUAUAGAGUUGUUGCUGAUCAUAUAAGGACUCUAUCUUUUGCAAUUGCUGAUGGUGCUUGUCCAGGCAAUGAGGGUCGUGAAUAUGUUUUGAGGCGCAUUCUUCGUCGAGCGGUUCGUUAUGGAAGUGAAGUACUGAAUGCCAAGGAAGGGUUUUUUAGUGGAUUAGUACCUACACUGGUGAAUUUGAUGGGCGAUGUUUUUCCGGAACUAAAGCAGCAUGAGAAACAUAUUAAAGAUAUUAUUGCAGCUGAGGAGACCAGUUUUGGGAAAACAUUACUUAAGGGAAUCGAGAAAUUUAAGAAGGCUGCUCAGGAUGUUAAAGGGAAGACAUUAAGUGGCCAGGAUGCAUUUGUAUUGUGGGAUACAUAUGGCUUUCCAUUAGACUUAACCCAGUUAAUGGCGGAGGAAAGAGGAUUGACAGUUGAUACAAAAGGUUUUGCUGAUGCUAUGGAAGAGGCGAGAGAAAGAUCAAGAAGUGCUCAGAACAAGCAAAGUGGCGGUGCAAUUACGAUGGAUGCUAAUGCUACUGCAUUACUGCACAACAAAGGAGUUCCAGCCACCGAUGAUUCCAGGAAGUAUAUCUGGAACAAGGACCACGAUAGCACUGUAAGAGCUAUAUACACUGGAUCUGACUUUUUGGAUACUGCUGAAGCUGGUCAGGAAAUUGGUGUUGUUCUUGAGUCUACAAGUUUCUAUGCUGAGCAAGGUGGUCAGAUCUUUGACACUGGAUCUCUUGAAGGCCCUCAUGGAAGUUUCGAAGUUUGUAAUGUUCAAGUGUUUGGUGGGUUUGUUCUACAUAUAGGUUUCUUUACAAAUGGAAUUGGAAGAUUCUCUGUCAGGGACAAAGUGACUUGCAAGGUGGACUACAAGCGGCGUCAGCUGAUUGCUCCCAACCAUACUUGUACCCACAUGUUAAAUUUUGCUCUUAGGGAAGUUCUUGGAACUCAUGUCGAUCAGAAGGGAUCUAUUGUCCUUCCUGAAAAAUUAAGAUUCGACUUUUCUCAUGGCAAGCCUGUUCAAAGUGAAGAAUUGCAGAAAAUCGAAAGUAUCGUUAAUGAACAAAUCAAAGCUGAACUAGAUGUAUAUGCAAAAGAGGCAACACUAGCUGAUGCCAAGCGUGUAAACGGUUUGAGGGCUGUGUUUGGGGAGAUAUACCCAGAUCCUGUAAGAAUAGUGUCAAUCGGAAAAAAAGUGGAAGAUCUAUUGGCAAGUCCAGACAAAGAAGAAUGGUCACAAUACUCCGCUGAGCUUUGUGGAGGAACACAUAUAUCUAAUACAAGAGAAGCUAAGUCGUUUGCGCUAUUAUCGGAGGAGGGAAUUGCCAAAGGAAUUCGUAGAGUGACGGCUGUUACAGCUGAUCGUGCAUUGGAAGCUGAGCAAUUGGCAUGCUCCCUUGAGCAAGAAGUGAUUGAUGCAUCAAACAUAGAAACAAGCUUGCUAGAGAAGAAAGUUGCUUCUCUGAGAAGCCGGGUUGAUGCAGCAGCGAUCCCAGCAGCCAAGAAAAAUGACAUUAGGCUGAAGAUUUCCUUGCUCCAGGAUCUAGUGCGGAAGGCACAGAAAAAAUUAGCUGAAGAGAAUCUUAAAAAAGCAGUGAACACUGCCAGUGAGAAGGCAGAGACUGCUGUUUCUGAGGGAAAGACAUUUUGCAUUUGUCGGGUUGAUGUUGGUUUAGAUGCUGCUGCCGCCAGGGAAGCUGUGCAAAAAGUGAUACAGCAAAAGAAAGUAUCAGUCAUGGUUUUCAGCGUCGAUGAAACUGCCAAUAAGGCUAUUGUGUAUGCUGGAGUACCGGACAAGGGAAACACGUGGAAGGGCUUAGAAGUGUCCGAGUGGUUGACAGUUGCUUUGGGCCCUCUUAAGGGAAGGUGUGGCAAGGGAAAAGGAGGUCUUGCUCAAGGCCAGGGCACAGAUGCAUCAAACGUCGAGGAGGCCAUCAAACUCGCAAUGGAUUUCGCAUCAUUGAAACUGAACUGAGCAUUAUUGUCCCGUGUAGGCCGACCAUAACUUGCUGCUGUGUUAUCUUACCUUAAUUUUGCCCUUGCAGUAUAAGUUUGCAGGUUUUGGCCAAAGCGGGUUAAAUUGGGCAACUAAUUAGAAAAGGUGAUGCACACAUUCUUUUUUGGAUUUUUUAGGGAAAAGUUUAUGUGACAUAUUUAUUUUUUAUACAAAAGAUUCCAUCAUUGUGUUACAGAUUUUCUAGAUCAUGCAUCUAUUACCUUACACGGUUGUUGGUAGGGGGAUGUUUGUUUAAGCAUUACAAUACAAUAGUAUUUUAUUAAUGAAACAAAUGGUUGUAUCCCAUGUUUGUUCAUCAUUACAUGCGUAUAUCAUCAUCAUCCUACCCAAUAUAUUCCGCUUAUAGAAAAUUAUGAUCAGGGUUUGGAAAGGGAAAAAAGGCGGCAACCUAUACCCAUAAAGAAAGAUGCGGCUAAAGAAGCACUCGGCUCUGAAAAGAUCCUCAAAAAGACAGGUUCUUGCAACGAAAAGGAUUAAGUGAAACUGAAUUCAUAAGCUUACAUCUUUACAUGCGUAUAUAAUCAACUCAAUGAUUAUUUUGUUGUGCUGUAAGUUACAUAAUUUGAUAUUAGGAUUUUUAAUCAAAUGGCUCGAGAUGUGGCCUAA